UAUUGAAUUCGGUGUUUGGUAAUUUAGAAGGGCAGAGGGAGGAGGCUUUGUCUGCAAUUGGCCAUGGGGCCUUCAAAAUCCUUAAACCCCCAUAUCCCCCUCCCUGCCUUCGUUAUCCAUUUGAGAGGUGGCAAGUCAAGUGGAAAGUAUUGGGACUGUUGUGCAAAUCUUUCUUUAGGGUUUUAGUGCUUUAGUUUAAUUUAGGUUAAGCAUAGUUGCAGAAGAAAUCGAAUAGCUUUGAAGGGGAAGGGAUGAAGAAGCUGAGAUGGGCAAUGGACGGAAGCUUUUGGGACCUCGACGUGUCGACGCCGAGGACCCUUGAUGGGUUGGCCCGCCCUGUUCCUGGUGACCCAAUUCCGCUGGGUCUAUCGAGAGGCACCAGGCUUUCGAGGGCCAAGCAGCUCCACUUCAUGCAGCGCUUCAUGUCCGCACCGUUUGUCCCCUCUUACGCCGCCGCGUCCGACGGCUUCGCUCUCCAACGCGUCCUCACCGUUCCCUUCUCUGAAAACUGGUUCUGCACUUUGUUGGGUCAGUUCAAUUUUCAGAAGCUCGUGUCCUCUUUGAUGAAGGAGAGUGGAGAAACAUCGACACCACCACCAGCUGUCUCCACAUCCUCAUGGCUGCAAUUGCAAUUGCAGAGCAUUGGGAGACACCUUCGCGACAAAUCCUUGUAUGCCCUCGGCUUCUCUUCCGAACUAUUGUUGACACCCGAUGAUACCAUGCUUCUUAGCGUAGAUUCACAUUCAUUUUCGCAUACUCAUAAGAAGACGCCUCGGAAGAAGGCAGUCCUUCAUCACAAGUUUCCCAAUCACAACUUGACGGUGGAAGCAGUUUCGCCAGCGCUUUUUGUUGACAAGUCUGGUAAUUAUUGGGAUGUACCCUUUUCCAUGGCCAUUGAUCUGGCUUCUCUCGCUUCUGACUCUGGUGCCAGUUAUCAUCUAUGUUUGCACCAUAACGCUGGUUCACCCACGCAAUUCGGAGAUGAUCACACCACCCACGAAGCACCCGCUACUCUCCUCCCUGGUUUAUCGCUCAAAAGUGCUUUUUCCUUCAAGCAGAAUUUGGACAUUUGGAGGAGCAAAGCUCAGAAGUUGAAAAUGGUGCAACCAUAUGACAUGUUCCUUUCAACUCCUCACGUUUCAGCAUCAGGGAUCAUAGGUGCUGCUUUGGCUGCCUCUGUUGGAGAUUGCUCGGUUAGAUCAAAGGAUCAGGAUCCCAACUGCUUCUCUUUUGAGUCAUCUGGAGUAAAAUCUGCCUUCCUAGCAGACCUGUUUGCAUCAGUAUCAUUUACAGCUCAGCAUGGAAAUUACCAACGGCUAUUUUUGGAUCUCACCCGGUUUCAUGCCCGCUUGGACUUUUCUUCUGGUUCCAGGUUUCUUUCAGGUGCAACACGUCUAACUCAAGAUCUUAUUAAUUCUCGACAGCCAAGUCUUGAAGAUUUUCAAGCCAUUUGCCCCAAUGCUACCCUUUCACUUCAGCAGCAGAUUGCUGGACCCUUCAGUAUUAGAGUCGAUGCAGGAGUUGCAGUUGAUUUGAAGAACCGAGACUGGCCUUUACGUGUGGAUGAACCUAUAUUUGCUAUUGAGUAUGCAUUGCAAGUCCUUGGUUCAGCAAAAGCUGUGGCAUGGUAUUCGCAGAAGCACCAAGAAUUAAUGUUAGAGCUUCGUUUUUUUGAGACAUAAAUCAUAUUCUUUUGUAUGUGUUUCUUAUCCUGUGUUUUCCUACCGUGGAUCAUUUGUGGGAGAUACUACCCAUACCUACCAUUUUUGUCCCAUAGCCUCUCUAAACUAUCUCCACUUUCCCUUAAAAAAAAAAAAACCCAUCUCCUGCCCUCUCCCUCCCCUCCCUCCCCUUAUAACCCAACAAGGAUCCUUGCCUUUUUCCCCUGGUAUUUUUUUUUUUUUUUUUUUCCUGUUUUUUCCCCCUUUCAGGGUAGACGAAGUCAGAUCUACCAAUUUUGGGCCACAGCGCAUGUGCCCCUCCAUUACAAGGCACACCACCCUUAAAUUUCCCAAUGCAAUCCCUUCCAUGAUCCAUCCAGCUAUUGAGAGCUUCUCUCAUUGCUACUUUCCCUAAAACUGAAAGUUGCCAUACUUCCCCAGAGGAAGUGGAGUUCUUAAUGAUUUCCCCCAACACUCUCUUAUGCUGUGAGUCCCUAUGCUCAUUUCUUGAUACCUGAUCGAUCAAAAAAGUUUAGAACCGGAUCGGUUUACUGUCUCUAUUUCCAGAUUUAGCAACUGUAAUUGGAUAUUUUUCGGGUCAUCUAUCCUCUCUUUUUGUAGUACCAUAACAUUAUUGAUA